GAGCGGUGGGGGAGGCGGCAACAUUGUUUCAAGUUGGACAAAUUGUCAAGGGCUGAGCUUUCCUUGCGUUCCAUCCCGAGCUGGGGUUGCAGUGCUCACCUUGGCCCCCCAGGUCCUCCGCCCCGAGUGUCGGGCUCGCUUUCUUCAGGGUUCCCGGGCCCCGCUCCCGGGGGCCUGAGCCGCCUCGCUAGCGCUCCAUGGAGAACUUCCAAAAGGUGGAGAAGAUCGGAGAGGGCACGUACGGAGUGGUGUACAAAGCCAAGAACAAGUUGACGGGAGAAGUUGUGGCCCUUAAGAAAAUCCGGCUCGACACUGAGACUGAAGGUGUACCCAGUACUGCCAUCCGAGAGAUCUCUCUACUCAAGGAACUUAACCACCCUAAUAUUGUCAAGCUGCUGGAUGUCAUCCACACAGAGAAUAAGCUUUACCUGGUUUUUGAGUUUCUGCACCAGGACCUCAAGAAGUUUAUGGAUGCCUCUGCUCUUACUGGCAUUCCUCUCCCCCUCAUCAAGAGCUAUCUGUUCCAGCUGCUCCAGGGCCUAGCAUUCUGCCAUUCUCACCGGGUCCUGCACCGAGACCUCAAGCCCCAGAACCUGCUUAUCAAUGCAGAGGGGUCCAUCAAGUUGGCCGACUUUGGACUAGCAAGAGCCUUUGGAGUCCCUGUUCGUACUUACACUCAUGAGGUGGUGACCCUGUGGUACCGAGCACCUGAAAUCCUUCUAGGCUGCAAGUACUACUCCACAGCUGUGGACAUCUGGAGCCUGGGCUGCAUCUUCGCUGAGAUGCACCUAGUGUGUACCCAGCACCAUGCUAAGUGCUGUGGGGAGCACAGAAGAAAUGGAAGACACAGUCUCUGCCCGCUGUGCUCCUAUCUAGAAGUGGCUGCAUCACAAGGAGGGGGGAUGACCGCAGUGUCUACCCCAUACCCCGUGACCCGACGGGCCCUGUUUCCUGGAGAUUCUGAGAUUGAUCAACUCUUCCGGAUCUUUCGGACUCUGGGGACCCCAGAUGAGGUGGUUUGGCCAGGAGUUACUUCUAUGCCUGAUUAUAAGCCUAGUUUCCCCAAGUGGGCUCGGCAAGAUUUUAGCAAAGUUGUGCCUCCCCUAGAUGAAGAUGGACGGAGUUUGUUAUCGCAAAUGCUGCACUAUGACCCCAACAAGAGGAUUUCCGCCAAAGCAGCCCUGGCUCACCCCUUCUUCCAAGAUGUGACUAAGCCAGUACCCCACCUGCGGCUGUGAUGUAACUUCCCAAAGCCCUCUUCACCCUUGGUCUGAUUUGACUCUGGGCCUUUUGGACACAGGUCAGCCUUCUUCUCUUCUCUGGCUGUCUUAACACUCACACUUUCUCUUGACCAGCCCGUGCUGGGGAAUUCAGAAGUGCAGGGAAAGAUGAUGAGGUGGAAGGAAAAAGUUUUGGUAUUAGAUGCACUUAACCCAGCUUCCACUACCUUCUCCUUCUUCAUUCCUGAGGAGGAUUGGUAUUCAAAACAAAACAAAACUGACCAUUCCCUGCCCUCCCCCAAUGUCAAGUUUUGUCAUCCCAAUCUUAGACUAUCUCAUAAUUAUUAUGUCCCAUAUUUAGGAAAACAGCCCAGACCUCCUGUUUUGUAAAGGCCAACUGAUAAGCAGAAAUCUAAGUUUGGGACAUUUCAAAACCAAGCAAAAGGGGUCUGUUGUGAUGAAUUAGAUUUAAAAAAUAGAUCCAAACAGUUUAUACCUUAGCUUUAGUGUUUGGCCUUACCUGACAAUCAAGGAGGCCCAGCUGGAGAAGCAGAAAUGUUUCCCUUGAGUGCUUCGCCUACCUUCUGCAGGCAAGAAGAGUCAGGAGGGGACGGGGAUCGGUGUGUCACCGUGGGUCACAGGGCAAGGUGAAAGACGCUGGGAUCUUUCCUGUUAGCAAUUUUCUUGUUUUCUGGUGCUGAUGACUGAGCCCAAGACCUUUUCCUCACUAAGCAAAUGCACCACCAAUGAGCCAGAUUUCUAGCUCUCUUUUUGGAAUUUGAGUUCUUCAGUUGUCAGAGGUCCCUGUUGCCAUCGUCUUCCGAGAGUCACCCCUCACUCCAUAGUGGAAGAGAGGCUUUAGAUGUCAUUUUGAAUUGCUAGUACUUCUUAAAGGCUGUGACCUGGUCAGGUCAUUGGGGGAAAUUUUCUAUAAAAAGAGUUAACAAUUAUAUUUAUAUUUCAAGUUAUAGUAGUUUGAAUAUUUUAGUGUUUUUUUUUUUUUUUUUGUCAGUGUGGAUGGAUUUGUUACCAUGUGCACUUUGGAAUUUUGUAAUUCAAUUGUUCAAAGAAAAUAUUUCUUUUAUGAUCUCCCUCCACCUACCCCUUGCCCUCCAGUGUUCUGUUAAUAUUAUUUGUAA